AUGAAGUCCCUCGCCUCCCUGACCUGUGCUGUGCUGGCCUUCAUCAGCUUACAAGCAGACAGCGCCGUUGCGGCUCCCACCAACGGGACCCAUCCAGGAUGUUGUAAAAACCCUUCGAUCAGAUACGAAUGGCGGCAGUUGUCUCUCGAGCAGAGGCUUGACUAUAUCCGCUCUGUCAAGUGCCUCAUGGCUCUGCCGUCCGAAGGCAAUGAUCUCUGGCCUGGUGCGAAGUCACGAUACGACGACUUCCAGGGUAUGCACAUAUAUAUGACCCAGAAGGUGCACUUCAACGGCCCUUUUCUCCCAUGGCAUCGUUGGAUGCUUUAUCUCUACGAGUCUGAGCUCCGCGAUAAGUGUGCCUACAAGGGCACUCUUCCCUACUGGGACGUAAGUUUGGAUAACACAGCUGAGGGGUUUCUGAACUCGCCCAUCUUUGACAAUGUCUAUGGCGUUGGGGGCGACGGACCUUACAUCGAGGAUGUGAGCAACAAGACCGAGUUCCCCGUUCAGAAACCAAUCACUAUUCCGGAGAGAAGCGGUUGCGUCCAAGAGGGGCCUUUCGCCAAUACCACUGUCCCAAUGGGUCUCGGUUAUUCGCUUGAGUCCACCCCUCAUUGCCUCCGACGCGACUUCAGUCUACCCAUUAUCACUGCUGCCCUCAGUGACGAGGUCAUCGAUCGAACCAUCGCCGCUGCCUCUUUCUCUGAGUUAAACGUGCACAUUCAGGGUUAUAGUAUGCAAGUCAGCGGCAUGACUCUACACGCAGGCAUGCACCUGGGCAUCGGUGGUGCUGUUGGAGAUUGCGCCGACAUGUACUCGUCCCCCGGAGACCCUGUCUUUUACUUCGUCCAUGGCGCCCUCGAUAAGAUCUGGAACGAUUGGCAGCGCAGAGAUUGGCCCGCACGAAAGACCGAUAUUGGUGGCCCCGAUGUUAUGUACGGCUACCCGUUCAACUUCUUUGGGGACGUUGCCUACGAGAACAUCACCUUGGAGUACCCGUUAUCUUUCCCUAACUUCGGUGGGGACAUGCUGGUUGCUGAUAUGAUGGACAUUCACGGUGGCCCUUUCUGUUAUGAUAGUGUCACUAUAAUCAGCCUGGACCUCUUCCUGGCCCAAAGUACUCCCGACCUUGUUUACAGCUACCACAUCAUUCUUCACCUUCACCUCGGCCAGGCCGGUACCCAGCUGGGUAACUCUGCUUGGGAGCUGUACGUUGACCUCCUUCGUCCCAUAUUUUACCUCCUCGAGCACGGCCUCGGCCCCGAUGGUCGUCCUGACCCCAACGCCAAGGACGUCGUCGACGGCGGAUCCUACGAGACGUUCUUUACCGAGACUAGCAAUGGCAAAUACGUCCCUCGAUCCCUCUUCGUCGACCUCGACCCCUCCCCUAUCGACGAGAUCCGAACUGGCGGCUACCGCCAGCUCUUCCACCCCGAGCUGUUGAUCAGCGGCAAGGAGGAUGCCGCCAACAACUACGCCCGUGGUCACUACACCAUUGGCAAGGAGAUGGUCGACAAUGUCAUUGACCGUGUCCGCCGCGUCGCCGACAACUGCCACUCCCUUCAGGGCUUCCUGAUCUUCCACUCCUUCGGUGGUGGUACCGGUUCCGGUUUCGGAGCUCUUCUUCUUGAGCGCCUGUCUACUGAAUACGGCAAGAAGUCGAAGCUCGAGUUCGCCGUCUACCCCGCGCCCCGUGUCUCGACUGCCGUCGUUGAGCCUUACAACGCUGUUCUGUCCACCCACAGCACCAUCGAGAACUCGGACUGUACUUUCCUGGUUGACAACGAGGCUGUCUACGACAUCUGCCGCCGCAACCUGGACAUUCCCCGUCCUUCGUACGACCACCUGAACCGCCUGAUCGCCCAGGUUGUCAGCUCCAUUACCUCGUCCCUCCGCUUCGAUGGUGCCCUCAACGUCGAUCUGAACGAGUUCCAGACCAACUUGGUCCCCUACCCCCGUAUCCACUACCCCCUCAUCAGCUACGCUCCCGUCAUCUCGGCCUCCAAGAGCUCUCACGAGAGCUUCAAGGUCCAGGAGCUCACCUUCCAGUGCUUCGAGCCCAACAACCAGAUGGUCGUCUGCGACCCCCGCAACGGAAAGUACAUGGCUGUCGCUCUCCUGUACCGUGGCGACGUCGUUCCCCGCGACUGCAACGCUGCCAUUGCCGCCCUCAAGGCCAAGGCCUCGUUCAACCUCGUCGAGUGGUGCCCUACUGGUUUCAAGCUUGGCAUCAACUACCAGAAGCCCAUGGCUGUCCCCGUCGCCGCCAGCGACGGUGGUCUCGCUUCCGUCGACCGCUCCGUCUCCAUGCUUUCCAACACCACCGCCAUCGCCGAGGCCUGGUCGAGAUUGGACCACAAGUUCGAUCUCAUGUACAGCAAGCGUGCCUUCGUUCACUGGUACGUUGGUGAGGGUAUGGAGGAGGGUGAGUUCAGCGAGGCCCGUGAGGACCUUGCCGCGCUUGAGAAGGAUUACGAGGAGGUUGCCGCCGACUCUUUCGAGGCCGACGAGGGUGACAUCGAGUACUAA